GGCUGGGCCGGGGGGCGCCGCUGUAGCCCCCGCCCCGCGCCGCGCACACCAUCCCCGCGGGGUCGGGGGCGCCGCAGGGACGCGCUGCACCGCCCCGAGGAGCCGCCGCCUCGGCCCCGUUCCAGUGACUGGUUAAAUGGAAGCCACUCCUAGGAUCUGGAUGGUUUCUACUGCCUUAGACUUUGUAUAGCAGCUCCAUCACCUCAGGAGGUUGCAAUGAGUGGAGGAGGGGAGCAGCCUGAUAUCCUCAGUGUGGGAAUAUUGGUCAAAGAAAGAUGGAAGGUGUUGAGGAAAAUAGGAGGUGGAGGAUUUGGAGAAAUUUACGAUGCACUGGACUUGCUUACUCGGGAAAAUGUUGCACUGAAAGUCGAAUCAGCUCAGCAGCCAAAGCAAGUACUGAAAAUGGAAGUAGCUGUGUUGAAAAAGCUGCAAGGAAAAGAUCAUGUCUGUAGAUUCAUCGGAUGUGGACGGAAUGAUAGAUUUAACUAUGUGGUCAUGCAGUUGCAGGGUCGGAACUUGGCAGACCUGCGUCGGAGCCAAUCUCGAGGAACAUUCACCAUUAGUACCACUCUGCGGCUGGGGAAGCAGAUUUUGGAAUCUAUUGAGAGUAUUCAUUCUGUGGGAUUCCUGCACAGGGACAUAAAACCAUCAAACUUCGCAAUGGGACGUUUUCCUAGCACCUGUAGGAAGUGUUAUAUGCUGGAUUUUGGCUUGGCACGGCAAUUUACCAACUCAUGUGGGGAUGUCAGACCACCACGAGCUGUCGCUGGUUUUCGAGGAACGGUACGAUAUGCAUCAAUCAACGCUCAUAGAAACAGAGAAAUGGGUCGGCAUGAUGACCUUUGGUCUCUAUUCUACAUGUUGGUGGAAUUUGUAGUUGGGCAACUGCCUUGGAGAAAAAUAAAAGAUAAGGAGCAAGUGGGCUCCAUUAAAGAAAGGUACGAACACAGACUUAUGUUGAAACAUCUUCCUCAAGAAUUUAACGUCUUUCUGGAUCACAUUUCUAAUUUAGAUUACUUUACAAAGCCUGAUUACCAGCUUCUCAUGUCUGUGUUUGACAACAGCAUGAAGACAUUUGGAGUUAUUGAAAGUGACCCAUUUGACUGGGAGAAGAGUGGAACGGAUGGCUCUCUGACAACAACAACAACUUCAACCACACCUCAGUUACACACUCGUCUUACACCGGCUGCAAUUGGAAUUGCCAAUGCCACUCCUAUCCCAGGAGAUUUGCUGCGGGAAAAUACAGAUGAAGUAUUUCCUGAUGAACAACUCAGUGAUGGAGAGAAUGGUAUUCCAGUUGGUGUCUCACCAGAGAAACUACCUGGAUCCCCUGGCCAUCAACGUCCUCAGGAAAAAGAUGUUUGGGAAGAAAUGGAUGCAAACAGAAACAAAAUAAAACUAGGGAUCUGUAAGGCUGCCACAGAGGAAGAAAACAGCCAUGGGCCAGUGAAUGGAAUGCUUAACGCGCCGAGUCUCGGUUCUCCAAUUCGUGUUCGCUCAGAGACCACCCAGUUAGACAGAGAUGUUCCACUGGUGCGAAAGUUACGUUCAAUUCACAGCUUUGAACUGGAGAAGCGUAUGACAUUGGAAUCAAAGCCAGACACUGAAAAGUUUCUUGAGACCUGUUUGGAGAAGAUGCAGAAAGACUUGAAUGCUGCGACAGAGACUCCUGCUGCUGCUGUUCCUCCUCUUUCUCAGAAAACACCCCUUCCUGCUCCUGCGACUGCUCGCAUGGACCAUGUUUGGCACUAUGAUGAAGAAUAUCUUCCAGAUGCUUCAAAGCCUGGGUCAGCUAUUUCUCCAGACCAUGCUGAUGGUGUUAUGAGCAAUGGAUUUGUAGCUGUUAACUUAAGCUCCUGCAGGCAGGAGGUUGAUUCUAAGGAAUGGGUGAUAAUAGAUAAGGAACGGGACUUGCAAGACUUCAAGACAAAUGAGGCUUUAGGGCACAAAAUGACCGGAAGUCCCUCAGAUGAAGAGCCAGAGGUACUACAAGUUCUAGAGGAGUCCCCUCGAGAAGAGCAAUCCAGACAGGGUGGUUGGGCAGGAAACAAUGUCAAUGGCAAGAACCAAACUUCAGGGGUGGAGUUUGUUCUAGACAUGGAGUGUCAUCCAGCUGCUUCUGAACAGCUUACAGAUAAGUUGGAACUUCUGUCUGGAGCUGCUGGACAGCUUCUUGCGGCCACCCCUACAAGUCCUAUGGAAGCUCAAGCAGAAGGAGCACUCACUCCGCUCAACUCAUGUCAUAUGCUGCAUUUCUCCACUCCAAGAAUUUCAAGUCCCAUCCUCCGCACCAUGAGCCCUAUAGCCUAUCUCUCCGUCCACUUGGACCCUCUGAAAGAGGCUGGUUUACCAAGGAGUCAAUCAGCUGAGAGCCACUCCUCUUCCUCCUGCUCAACUGGUCGUAGGCAGCUUCCUGUCAUUCCUUGUGGCAACAAGUUCCCCCCUGUCAUUCGCAUCUCAAAAGCACAACUUGAGCAGAUAACAAUACCCAGACCUUCAGUGGCAUCCACACAGUCUGCUUCAGAGAGCUUUCACUAUGGCCACCAGCUGGAGAGAAGAGAGCAGGAUGGUCAGUCUGUGGAACACACUGUGGAACUUUCCUCUCCAAAGGAAAGUUUGCCAGGUUUGGUUGUGACAGAAGAUGCAAUUCCAGCUUGUGCCAGCAGACCAGAUUUGGUACUUAAUAUCAGCCAAGAGGUGCUUGAUAGAGAAGGACUUGUCAAAGAAAGUGUGAAUGUCCUGGACUGUGGCCAAAAGGACCUACUUGAACAACACAGUGGGAUACAGGAAGAGAAUGAACUUGAAAAUAUUCCUUUAGGGGAGACUGAGGAAGAAAGGGUUCCAGUGAUUUCUGAGGAUGGCAUUGAAAUGCUAAGCAAAGAGCAGAAUUCUUCUUUGCCAGGAAACUCAAAAUCUGCAGAGGAAGAACCUCUAACAAAUACUGAAGCUGCUGAAGAAUCAAAGCCAAGGCCCGUCUGUUUGGUGCCAAAUCAAGAUGAGGGUAUGAAGUCGAUAGCACCUAAAGCAUCAGAAUUGUCUCCCUCAAGAAUUACUAACGCACAUGUUAAUAAACAGGCAAACAAAAUAGCAACUGUUCAGGAAAAUGGUUUUCAUUCUGAUAAAGAAGAAGUCCAUAGCCAAGACUUGAAAUGCCACCAAGUGGCCCUUACUACUUUUUUGCAGCAGGAGAACAAAAAAGAGAAAAAUUCUCCCAGAAAUGGAGAGUUAUUCCACUGCAUUUCAGAAAAUGAGAAUUCUUACCGAUCCAAGAAGGACUCAGUUAAGUCUCCUUUUGUAUUCAGGCAGAGCCGAAUCCCAGUUUUAGCACAAGAGAUAGACUCAAUGUCAGAUUCCUCUUCUGUUUCAGCAAAGGAAAAGCUUCUUCUAAAAAAGGCCCAUCAGACAGACUUGGUGAAAUUACUUAUGGAAAAGAGACAGCUCAAAUCUUUCCUUGGUGACCUCUCAAGUGCCUCUGAUAAGUCACUGGAGGAAAAAAUGGCUGCUGCUCCAGUACCAUUUUCUGAGGAUGAUGUCUUAGCUUCAUUUUCUAGAUUGACACUGGACUCUCAUUUCAGCAAGCAGAAUGAAGAUAGCUCUUUAUCUCCAAGCAGUCCUCAGUCUAGAAAAAGCAAGAUUCCAAGGCCAGUGUCCUGGGCAACCACUGAUCAAGUCACCGGUUCAACUUCAUCUCAGUUCUUUCCUCGGCCGCCACCAGGAAAACCGCCUACUAGACCUGGGGUAGAAGCUAGGUUACGCAGAUACAGAGUCCUAGGGAGUAGCAGCUCGGACUCAGAUCUUAUCUCUCGUCUGGCUCAAAUCCUACAGAAUGGAUCUCAAAGACCAAGGAGUUCUACCCAGUCUAAGAGUCCAGGAUCUCCACAUAGUCCAAAAACACCACCCAAGAGCCCUGUCAUCCCCCGACGCAGUCCCAGUGCCUCCCCUAGGAGCUCUUCUUUACCCCGUACUGCCAGUUCUUCUCCGUCCCGGGCUGGGAGAUCCCAUCACGAUCAGAGGAGUUCAUCCCCACAUCUUGGGAGGAGUAAAUCACCUCCUAGCCAUUCAGGCUCCUCAUCUUCUAGGAGAUCUUGCCAACAAGAGCACUGCUGCAACAAACCAAGCAAGAAUGGUCUGAAAGGGUCUGGCAGUUCCUUCCACCAUUCCCCAAAUACUAAGACUCCCACAGGAAAGAGUAAAUCAACCACUAAGCUUAGCAGAUAGGAACUGGGCCUCAACAGGUAUAAAGUCUCCUCCUAAAUCUGAUGCAUGUUGUGUCUGUGUACUGUGUAUUAAAAAAAAAUUAAUCAAAAAAAAUAUAUUAAAAAAAAGAUGUUGAAUCUGCACAUUUUAAAGAAAGUAAACAUUGUAAACUAUUCAUAAGAAAUCAUUCUGUGUAAAUAAGUGGCCAGGCUUUGCCUAAGAGCAGGCAGCAAGCAGAUCCACAAGAGGGGAAGUAGAGGCCAGAGGGGAAGUAGAGGCCAGAAAAAGAAAGACUAGAUAGUCGAAGAGGUGCAAUGUGUUUAGAGUAAAAAAAUAUCCUCAAGGUGAGUGUUUAAAAAGGGUAUUUAUCUUGAUGUGUUUUGUUUACCUAGUUAGGAGAUUUGGCUUAAUUAUUUAAGGCCUUACAUACUCAAGAGUAUGUAAGAAAACCUGAAAUGAUUAUUCCCAAAAUGAUGUCAUCACUCAGGAGAUAAGUUCUGCUCAAGCAUGGCUUUGCAGUUUUAAAAAAGCACACAGAAGAUUAGAGUAUUUGUACCUUAUAAAUUUUUUUCAUUUUGAGCUGCACUCAUCUCUUGAGUCACUCAGUGCUCAUCUUAUCCACUAUCUAUCAUGGCACAGAUUUUUUACUUAAGGAAAUAUCAUAUACCUUGUCCCUUUUUAGCACUGAUGACAUUAAAAAAUUACUAACAUUUGCCAAAAUGUUUUUGUAUCUAUAUUAUUUAGAAAUUUACUUAGUAGUAAUCAGGAUCCAAGAAGCUAAUUCUCAGUUCUACAAGAUACAGUUCUUUGGGAGUCAUAGUGGAGUUCUACAUUCGGUAGAAAAGCAUUCCUGUCCAAGAAAUGAGAGAAAAGAGAUGUAUGCACUUCAGUGGAUGUUGCAGAUUUACAAGAAAAUGCAAUGUAAAUUGGAAAAUAAGUUAGAAAAUGGAAGUACCUAUUUUUUCGCUUUUAAUUCAACUGAAAAAAAGAACCUUUAUUUUUGCUGGCUUUUGUUUUUUCCAUUAGUUAUGGAUCACCUAAACCACAGAUCCUACCAUGCAAAGACAACUACCAACCAAGAUUUGGUUUUUUUGAUAAUUUAUUUUCUAAAAUCAUGAAAGAUGAAACAGAGAUAAGAAGAUUGUCUACUUUGUGAACUUACUAGGUUAUAGGUGACAGAAAUAUACUUAACACCCUUACAAAAUCUAGUCAGAGAAUAUCAGUCAUCAAAGCAAAAUAGAAAGAAAUCUGAAAUAUUUUUUAUGUUGGAUUCUCGUAAUUUUUUUGCCCAAAUGUUGUCUUGAUCAAGUUUUGUUGACACUCAGUAAAGUCCAUUCCAACUUUAUUUGGAGGACAACCUCUUGUACUCUACAGGAUCUCUGUAGAGAAUGAAAAGGCAUGGUACCUUUUGCUAUAUUCAGAAAAGAAUAAUGGGUUAGAAUAAUAACACACAAGAAUGCAAGCCUGAGAAAGAUGCAGCCAUCUCUCCCUGAUUGUUCCUGUUGUGGGGACACUGGGUGCAUAGGAGACUUGUCAGUUACUGAUCUGCUUGCUGUAGUCAUAUGCCUCUCCAGCCAGCAUCUGUGCUUUUUUAUUUAACCUCUGCCAAAUGAAUACCUUUGGAUUAAAAAGGGAAUAUUUUGUCUCUGAGCUAACACAUUCUAAUGCUGCAUUAAAGCUGCCCUAGAGCUGCACUGAAUUUCACUUGCUUUGUCAGACUGUGUUGUUUUUUUUCCUCCUUUCUUACUAUGAGUAUGUAUAUUGUUUCCCAUACGUUAUGUAGCACAGUGGGGAACCUUAAUUUCAUUCAGGUUUCAAGCACUACCGAUGAAUGCAAUAGGUAGGGUAUACCUGCUUUUUCUGAAGAAACUGUACCAUUGGAAAGUCAUAUUCCUUUGUAUUAUAUUGUAUAAUAGGUGCUAUACCAAUAAUUGCAUGUCCUCAUGGUAAAUUAUAUAAUAUAAAUAUUUAUAUAUAUACAUAUAUGUAUAUGCUUAUAUAUACGCAUUCUUUCUCAUUUUUCAUUUGUAAUUUAUGGACCACAAAUAAUACAGUUCCCUUUCUGUUAGUUCCUGUGUACUUAAAUCUUCUAUUUCUCCAAAAAAAAUUCUGGAAUGCACAAAUUCUAAUAGCCUUUUUACCUUGGUACAAGACUGAAGGACUGCUAAUUUCUCAACCAGCUGAUGAUUUGUCUUACAGCUUGCUUUUAUUUCUUUAUAAUUUUAUGUGUGCAUUUGCAUAUGGAACAAGAACAAAGACUCAAAGGUAUUUUUAUUUUUUGUUACAAGUAGGUCUUGUGGUUACUCAUUUUUAUUUCAUAAUGUGAGUUCUUAAUUGUGAAUACUUGUCAUAUAGGAACAGACACUCAAUGAAUAUCUAACAGAUGAAUGUGACAACAAAUUUCAUCUUUUUUUUCCUGUUUUCCACAUUUCCUUAUGGUAUACCGUAAGAAAGAAUUUGGACACAUUGUGAUGUUUUUGCCCUGGGCACUGCUGGAGUUAUUUGUUAAGGUGAUGUGGCAGCCCAUGAUUACUUUUCCUUAUUUUUGAAAAGCAUUUAUUAUGGUCUUCUAAGCUUAUUCCUACAUUAACAUGGUCAGUUUUAGUCAGUACCAACUUUAUGCAUCCUUGCCUGAAAUGCUGAAGUUGAGGUGUUUAUAUUUUCUCUCUAGUGUAGCAGGAUCCAGAAACAGGUAAUUACUUUGCAGCUGAGAAAGAAUAUAACACCAAAGUUUUGGGGGUUUUUUUUGUGUUGUCUUCAAAGUACAGGCUUGUCCAUUGUUAGACAUGACUAUGUAAAAUAAAUCAAUGCUGUAGAAAUUCACUUGUACUUGAACUACUAGCCAAUGUAAAAAUAGUAAACUAUGCCAAAACAGAGAAAAAGAUAUCAGUCACAAUUGAUGACCCAGGCUUCUUUUGGUGCAGAAUGAGGUAAAAGGACUGUAUAUCCCCAGUUGCUUUUUUGCUGUGGAUUCAACAGGAUUUAAGGAGAAAAUCAUGCAGAUAUGAAUGGAGGAGCAAUUGUGAAUAACUUAUUUUGAACUACCUGCUCUUCUUGAGUUUUUUACUGCUUGAUACCCUCCCCUCAAAAGUUUACAGAAUUGCUUACUAUGUAGUCUAAGGUAGAAAUCAGUUACUCUAGUUAGGUAAUGGUCAGCUGAUCAACUCAUACAUAAAUAUUAGCUUAAUAUUUCUAGAGGGCCUGUGUAAUCACUAAGGACUCUGUAAGCUUCAAUAUUUGAAUAUGCAACUGCAGAAAAACACCAAUGUACAUGUGUGUGGCCCUUAUGCAGUGUGUACGAAUGGUUUAUGAAGGAGAUUCCGCAGCACAUUUUCAGGGACGGGGAAGAUUUUUCUCCAUAGUGUAAAAUGAUCACAGUUACUCUGUGUAGUGCAUAGAAGCUUACAUAGGGAUAUUAUCUGGGAAACAAGAAAAUUCAAGGAGCUGUUGCUUUGUCCUCUUCAAGCAUCCAUUUCUUUGGAGGGCAGUGCAGUGGAGCCAUGACAUGUAGCAGAUACAGAUGCUGCACACACAUUUCCUCUUUAUGGUGUUUUCUGUGUUGUAGCUAGCACUUUGGGGCAUUUUUUAGAGAAACUUAGGCAUGAAGCCUUAAAACUACAAUAGAACUUGAAAUCACUGGACAUUUCACACAGACUUCUGUGCUGUAGUAUUGCGUGAUAAAAUCAAUCUAAGUUGCAAUCUUAAAAAUAUGUAUUAAUAUUAAUUAACCUCCUUAUUAAUUGCAAAUGCCAGUUACUACUUAGGUAAAACCAUGCUAAAGUAAUAGGUAGUAUGAUACAGUAAAGCAAUGCUGGCAAGUUGUAUGAUGCUAGGCACCUAUCUACUAUUUGAGCAGGAUUGAUAAGCAUAGUAAUUUUCACUGCUCACAGGCAGGAACAAUAUGAGGUCUUAACUGCUAGUUAUAUAUAAUUAUACAGGAGGCAAACCCCUGCGGAGUGACACAAGGCAUUCAUUAUAGCCACCAGCCAUGUCCUGUCUUGGGAAAUCUGGACAUAUUCUUACCUUGAAGUCUGCAUGUUUGUGAUCAGGCUUUCAUGCAUACCUCAGUAAACAGUCUUGAUGUACAGGGGAGAAUCUGGUCCUAUAUAUUUAAAGAUAGCUUGAAAUAUAUUUCAUGUGAAAAAGACUUGCAAGAGCUCUAUCAUCUAUGAUUUGUAGUAUUAAGAUAUUAACUACAGCUGGGAAAACACAAUUUUGAUUUUAUAUAUAUAUAAAAAUACACAUUUUUACGUAAGUGUAUCUACAUAUACACUUAUAUAGAUACUGUAUAUUAUAUAGAAAUAUAUAUAUACAUACAUACAUAUGUGUGUAUAUACAUAUAGAUAGAAACAGUGUCAGCUAUUCCAUCCUGUUUACUGGAAUUCAUUUGCCAGAGUGAGAUGAGGCCUGUUUUGCUUUGAUUUACUCUGGUCUCCUCUUCCUCUACUACAAUUUCCUAAUGAUGCCCUAAUUCUGAUUCUGUGUCUUUUCCGUAUUACGAGGCCUGAUUCUAUAGUCCUGCUUGGGCAAAACUCCUGUAAGUCCUUCUUAUUGCAAUAACAUUUUGCAACAGUUGACUCUAAUGCUUCUAAAAAAAAUUUUUCAUUUUCUUUUCAUUGAGAAUGUAGAUAAAGCCAGACUUACAGUAUAGUCUUUUUCUUGUAAACAGAAUUUUUCUGUAAAGAUUUGGACAUUUUUAUGGAACACUAAGAAAGAUAAAUUCUGGUAAGAAGAAACAGAUUAUUCCAAUUUCUUUAAAGGGUCUAGUGACAAACUAAGGAUAUGUGCCUCCAAUUUUUAUAUAUAUGUUAAAUGAGAGAGUAAUUUUCUGAAAAGGAAUAGGAGAAUAAAAGAGAGCACAAAGUUAAACAGGUUUCUAAUUAUAGGCCUAGAAUAUAUUAAUUUUUUUAUGCAGGACUGAUCCUGUGAAGUGAUGAGAGCCAUGUCUGUCUUGUCAUUUUAAGUCAGCAAAGCUCUGGUUAGGUUGACAAACACCAUGAUUCCCUAUGGUGUGUUCUCUCUAUGCUUUUCCACUAUUAGGAGUGGUCAUAGAACUGUCAGCUAUAUAAAUGAAAGCUUUGGCAAUUAUCCAUGAUUCCUUUCUUCAACUGGUAAAAGCUUUGGAUGCUCAUUGGAUGGUGAACAUGGCAGUGCUAGGUUAGUGGUUGAACUUGGAUUUUGGAGGUGUUUUCCAGCCUUGAGGAUUCUAUGAUUCCUGUUUCUGAAACUUGUGGAACAGGGCAUAAUAAUUUUAUUCUACUUCUUUUAGCUAAUCAAGUAGGCAGUGAACAGGAAGGCUUUGUUUGCUGUUUUCCUUUUGGCUCAAAUGUCAUUGCUUGUAAUUAUUACAAUUUUCAAUACCAUGACCACCGGCAAAAGGAAGUGAGGUUCAGUGCUUUGACUACAUGUAAUACACAGGCACAGGUCAUACAUUUUUUUAGCUAAUACAUGCAAAUCGCAUAAACAUGCACCUCACACAAGAAUACCUCAGGUGUCUGCUGGAAGCCAGUCUUCCUUUUCCCUACAUAUAGCAUUUGUGAAAGAGAAAUUAUGUAGAAGUCAGCCUGGAUUAUGUAAUAAUUGUCUGGAAUUAUCCUAAGACAUAGCCAAAUGCCAAAAAGUUUUAUCACUCAUUUUCAUGUGGUUUAAAUAAUCAUGUUUAAAUAUUCAUCUUUGAGGGGGUUUUUUGUUUGGUUAAGUUUUGUUAGUUUUUUAAAGAAUAAUUCACAGGAGUCCAUUGUUUCAAAGACUAUUAUAUUAACUUGGCAAUUACUCUCGCCAUCCAGGUUUGAACAUGUAGGCUGAUUUUACUCUCCAUUGAUGGUAACACAUUCUUUCUUAACAGUAACAGUGACAAACCCAAGUGUUAGCAUAUGUCAUUCAUGAAUUUUGCUUCUGUUCCUCCUCUACAUUAAGAGCUUGGAUCCUUGGGAAGUCUUGCUGUUCUUGCGCAGGUGAAAUUUCAUUAAAAUUAGUAUAGGGUCCUGUUUUGUUGAGGCUUUUUCCCCUGAUUAGGGGGAUAAAGUCACUUAUUUUUUUUGUUAUUAUUAUAACAUGACAUGCCUUUUGAUCUCUACUUUUCUGUAUUACUGCUGAGAGCCUGCUUUGGCCAAGAGUAUGAUGUGGUUUCUUCGAAAACAAUACCACAAGUGUGCUACUCAAGUGAAGUGCUGAUCAUCAAUAAGUGUCUGUGGGAAUUCAGCUGGAAUUAAUUUAAUGUUUGUUUUGAGAUCACUUGAUCUUUGACCUAACUUUUACAUAAAGGACUUAUAGUAACAGCAGAAUAGCUUGCUCCAAAAGAUGCAGUGUAAUUAGUUUGGUCUGCCUGACUUCAAAUCCUUUUAAACGUAUAUCUGCUGCACAGCAGGCAAGGUCAUAAAGGUUUGACACAAAGUGAGGUGGGAUUUUUUUGGCUAUUUCACAUCUUUUUCCUCUGACUGGAGAUCUGGAUUGUUGCCAAGCACCCUUCUCUGCAUCCUCUUUGCUUUUGUUGGCUAGAAAGCAAGAUUGGAAAUUCUUCCCCAACUUUUUUACUUUCUUUCUACAGAGUCAGCCCAGAGAGAAGUUGCAGUGCUUGCGCUAACAGAUACCAAUUUCCAAAUGCUUUCCUAUGAAUACCCAAUCUAGUAAAUAAAGAAAAUCACCAGCAAUGCCUUCAGACAAGUGCUGACUUUUUGAAGCUGCCAACCAAUGGCUGCUAAUCUAAAAUCUCUGGGCAAUACCACAGAGAAUGAAAUCUGUGUAUGAAUUAAAAAUACAAUGUUGUCACCCCAUAAGAAAUCAAGUACGCAACAGUAAAGUCUGCAGCAUGAUUAAAUUAAGUGGAAAGUAGUUCCAAGGUAAUUUUUUACCAUUGAGGAAGACAAAUGUUGAGUCCUUCAAAUUCUCUUACUCAGUAAUUACAGUUCUCUCCCCUCUUUGGAAAUCUUCUAAGCCAUUCUUUUCAUUUAAGUUUGCUCAGGCACCCAAGAGCAUAAAGAGUUAAUGCCCUUGUAAUGGUCAUUUGUACAUAAAGUUGUAAUUAUUUAUUUUCUCAUUUGUACCAUAUCAAGGCUUUGUACAAUGUUUAAGUUUUGUUUUCAAAUUAUUUUGUAUUUUAUUUUUAUAAACUGGUUCUAAAUAAAAUAUUCAUUCAGCAUGCAAAACUUCAAUUCCUAA